AUGUUAAUUUUAUUUUAUAUUGUUGAGAAAUUGGAAGAAUCGUCUUCAAACAUUAUUUGAGAUAAAUAUCUCUAAAAAAAUUGAAAUUAUCACUAGUGACGUGUGUGAUAACUUCUACUGUCUAUCAGUUUGAAAGGAAUUUAUGAUUUAAAAAAUUAUAAUUAUAAUUAUUAUUGUUUUUAUAAAAUAAUUUAAUAUUCGAUUCUUUCAAGUAUUGAGUACUAGUACUAUUCUUCCGAAUUAAAAAAUCUCAUAGUUUAUAGUAUUGCUACUAUAAUUUAUUAUUUAUUUAAUUAAUUUUUUGUGUAUAUAAUUAUACAAUUUUAUAUAUAUAUUUUUUUACUUAAUAUUUAUUUUUUUUACUUUUACAAAAUAUUCACUAAUUUACCGUUUAACAAAAUGUCUAACGAAGUUUAUAUUGUAUCUGCUGUACGAACACCAAUUGGUUCAUUUUGUGGCUCAUUAUCAACAUUUAAAUCAUAUCAGCUUGGUUGUGUUGUGAUUUCUAAAGCUUUAAAAAAAGCUGAUGUUAAUCCUAAUGAUGUCUCUGAAGUUAUUCUUGGCCAAGCUCUUACUGCUGGGCAAGGACAAAAUCCAGCUAGACAAGCUUCUAUUCAUGCUGGAAUUCCUUUUAGUGUACCAGCCUAUAAUAUCAACAUGUUGUGUGGCUCUGGUUUAAAGGCUGUUGUUCUUGGAUAUCAAGCAAUAAAAUGUGAAGAUUCUUCUAUUGUCAUCGCAGGAGGUCAAGAAAGUAUGAGUAAUGCACCUCAUGUUGUAAACAUAAGAUCAGGUAUCAAAAUGGGCAAUACUGAUUUAAUAGAUACAAUGAUUUAUGAUGGACUUACUGAUGCUUUUAAUAAUAUACACAUGGGAAUAACCGCUGAAAAUAUUGCUGAAAAAUAUGAGCUAUCAAGAGAAACUCAAGAUCUCUAUGCCCUAGAGUCUCAAAAAAAAGCUGCCGAAGCUAUUAAAGAUGGCUUAUUUAAAGAUGAAAUAGUACCAAUAGAAAUAAAAAUUCGAAGGUCAACAGUUUUAUUUGAUAGCGAUGAAUAUGUAAAGCCAGAUACUUCUAUUGAAUCACUAUCUGCACUAAAACCUGUUUUUAAAGCGAAUGGAUCCGUGACUGCUGGUAAUGCAUCAGGUUUAAAUGAUGGUGCUGCUGUUGUUCUUUUAAUGAGCUCUGAAGAAUGUAGAAAACGAGGUUGUAGUCCUUUAGCAAAAAUUGUUUCACAUGCAGAGUGUGGAGUUGAUCCUAAAAUUAUGGGUACUGGGCCAGUACCUGCAGUAUUAAAAACUGUUGAAAAAGCUGGUUGGUCAUUAGACAGUGUAGAUUUGUUUGAACUUAAUGAAGCAUUUGCUGCUCAAUCAUUAGCAGUACUCCAUGAUUUGGGCUUAAAAUCAAAUAAUGUGAAUAUAAAUGGAGGUGCUAUUGCAUUAGGUCAUCCAAUCGGAGCAUCUGGUGCCAGAGUGUUGGUUACACUCAUCCACUCUUUAAUCAGAAAUGGAAAAAAACGUGGAGUAGCAUCACUAUGUGUUGGUGGUGGAAUGGGAAUAGCCAUUGCUAUAGAGAUAGUGUAAUUUGAAACCUAUUUUGAAAUAAUUGGCAUUUAAUUGGAAAUUCUUUUUUAUAUUAAAUUUUGUAUUGAACUUUAUGGAUUUUUAGUAUUAAUUUGUUAACCUGUACAAGUGUUAAUUUUGUUAGUAACUUAUUGAUAUAUUAUUAAUUUGAACAUCUUCAGCCAUUAUUUUUCAUUUUUUUGCAACCAGUUGACUAUUAUUUAAACUGUUGAAUUUGUUUAGUUUAUCUUAAUUAUAUUUUUUAAAUAUCUAUCUUUGUUGGGUGUGAGGUGUAUAAUGUGAUGUUUUGACAGUAUUUAUUUAUUAAUUUUAUAUUAAAUUCAUAAUAUAAUUCUUGUUAAUAUUUAUUUUGCAAAUAAAAUAUAUAUUUUACUUUGUA